UGGUGUUAGCUAUGGCUACGUUGAAAACACAUUUAUGUUUUCGAUGCUGUUUUUCCUGUCGUCGUUAGAAAAAAAAAAACGGUUAAAGUUUAUUUAGCAGACGUUUAUUUGUAAUAGUAACUAAAUCUCCCAUUCCGUUCGGGUGUUCGUUUGCGUACAUUAGAGCUCGGAGGAUGCCGCUGGGUGUGAAACCGUGUUGUUCCGUCUGUAAGACGAACUCGUCGUCAAUGUGGAAGAAAGGAAGCCAGGGAGAGAUUCUCUGCAACAACUGCACGGUCAAAACCACGAGCACCAGCAGCAACAGCGGAGCCUCAGGACCUUCUGUGUCCACCAACACUCAGCCCAACAAUGGAGGCAGCAAGCAGUCCAAACAGGAGAUCCACAGGAGGUCUGCACGGCUAAGAAGUACGAAAUAUAAGGCUCCCGCAUCUGAGAAGAAAGUAUCAACAAAAGGAAAGGGGAGGAGACACAUUUUCAAACUCAAGAAUCCAAUUAAAGCACCAGAAUCUGUAGCAACGAUCAUCACAUCAGAAUCUGUAUUUUAUAAGGGUGUGUACUACCAGACAGGAGAUGUCAUCAAGGUGACAGAUGAAGAGGAUGGGAAGCCUUACUAUGCUCAGAUUCGAGGAUUUGUGCAGGACCAGUAUUGUGAGAAGAGUGCAGCACUGACUUGGCUUAUCCCCACCCAGGCGAGCCCAAAGGAUCAGUUUGAUCCUGCAACAUACAUUGUUGGUCCUGAGGAGGAUCUACCCAGAAGGAUGGAGUACCUGGAGUUUGUGUGUCACGCCCCCUCUGAGUAUUUUAAAUCUUGGAGCUCUCCGUUUCCAACCAUUCCCAUCAAACCGGAAAAAGGCUACAUCUGGACCCACAUCGGGCCCACACCAGCCCUCACUGUCAAAGAAUCUGUCAGUGGCAGCAGUUAACAGAGCUGAGAUAUGGACUUCUUUGAUUUUAAACAUAUAUAUAUAUAUAUAUAUAUAUAUAUAUAUAUAUACACACACACACACACACACACACAGUUAUUUAAUAUAAUAAACUGCAAACAUUUCCAACAGGACAGUAUGAUGUUGCUGAUGCAGCUCAGUCAAAUAUUACUUUUGUAUGUAGUGAAAAAAAAGAUGUUUUUUUCUGACUUAUAUAUUUUGUAAAUAAACGGAAGUUUGUUCAGA